AUGGCGAACGACGUUCCUACAACCAAUUUGAACAUAAAAGAAUUUAACAGUGCAACUUGUAAGUGGAGUACAUACGUGAGCCAGUUGAAGGCGUGGUUCGACAUACAUAACCUAAACGCUGCAUCACGUACUAAAUAUUUGAUUGCUGUAGUGGGUGCGGAAACUUUGGAUUUAAUUAUCGAUUUAUGUUACCCUAAAAAACCCGAGGACUUAAAUUUCGAUGAAAUCGCGACGAAAGUGCGCAACCACCUAAUUCCAAAAAAAUGUGAGAUCGCCGAACGGAUGUCUUUUCGCGCUUGCAAACAAGAAGCCGGUCAAUCUUUGAACGAUUUCAUGGCACGGUUGAAACAGAUGGCGAGGAAUUGCAAUUUUGAAGGAACUAAAUAUUUGGAAGAAAAUCUGAGGGAUCAGUUUGUUUACGGAAUUCGUAGUGAUACCAUUCGCUUUCGAUUAUUAACGGAAGAGACUUUAACGUACGCUCGAGCGACAGAGAUUGCGUUAUCUUUGGAAGCCGCCGAUCGAGACUCGCGAGCGGCAGCGGAGCCGCAUGGGCAGGCGGAAGCGGUGCACGCGGUGUACGGCUCGCGGCGGCGCGGGCCAGCGGAGGAGCGCGCGGCGGCGGCGCGAGGCGGCGCGCCGGGCGGCCGGUCGCGACGGAGCGGCGCGGGCGCGGGCGCGGGCUCGCGCAGGCAGCGCAGCGCGGCCGCGGGGCCGACGUGCUGGCGGUGUGCGGGCCAGCACGCUCCAGAUUUGUGUAGUUUCAGUAAAGUGUUGUGUUAUGUGUGCGGCCAGCGUGGUCAUAUAGCCAAGGUUUGCAAAAAGCGUAAAAGUGAAAGGGUUAAUCACUUGGAGAGUGAUGAAUCGAGUGUCGGUGAAGAGUUUACGGACAAUUGUGAGACUGUAGGUAUUUAUACGAUGGAUAUAUGUGGCGAGAAGUACGAUAAUAGUCCUUGUGUUAAGCCGAUGGCUCGUUUGAUUCCAUACUCACUUCGUAACGCGGUCGAUAAAGAAUUAGCCCGUCUCCAACAAGAAGGUAUAAUCUCACCCGUGGACACCAGCGAGUGGGGUACUCCUAUUGUACCGGUUAUUAAAAGUAAUGGAGAUAUUCGUUUGUGCGGGGAUUUUAAGAUAACAUUAAAUCCGGUGUUGUUAGACGACAAAUAUCCGAUUCCUAGAAUCGAAGACAUUUUUUGUGAGUUGCAAGGAGAAAUCAAGAGAAUGUUGUCAGAUGACCUGGUGUUGGUCCAUUAUAACCCUAAUUUACCAUUGCGCUUAUAUUGUGACGCGUCGCCGUACGGUGUCGGCGCGGCCCUAAUGCAGCGCGACGCUAACAAUGCACCCGAUUCCGAGCGUCCCGUGGCUCACGCGUCGCGUACCUUGACUGCGUCCGAACAAAAAAGUAUUCCGCGCAUGGUGGCGGGGCGGUUGCAGCGUUGGGCGGUUAUUUUAGCGGAAUAUAAUUAUAGAAUUGAGUGCGUUCGAUCAGAUAAGAAUUGCGUGGCGGACGCGUUAUCGCGAUUGCCGUCCAAACAAUUAGACGCUGCGGUGGCUCACGAUGGCAAACAGACUACUUAG